AUGACCCUCAAACGAAAUGUUGCAGUCUCCUACGUCUUUCUACUUGCUUUUCUUGGUCUUAUCUCAAGCACUUCUCGUGUGGCCAUCACUAUUAUUCUUGUGACCAGAGGAAGAGCCAUCGACUACGAGGAUGCCUAUGAGUCUGGAUACCAAUUCCUCCUCAUCAUACUUGACCUAUUCAAAAGGGAAAACAGUCGAGGCGUACACAAUGGUAGACAUGGCGGCUCAACCAGAGCAUCAGAAUAA